UUUUUUUUUUUUCGUUUUUCUUGAGUUUCUGGAAGAUGGAUUUCGUUGCUGGUGAUGCGCCAGACUGGCUCUCCUCGGAGCACAUGACAGGCACGUCGAUUAUGGCGGUCGAGUUCAAUGGCGGCGUAGUGAUUGGCGCCGAUUCGCGAACAACGACUGGCUCGUACAUUGCCAACCGAGUCACCGACAAGCUCACACGAAUCACCGACCGCAUUUACUGCUGCCGCUCGGGCUCGGCCGCAGACACGCAGGCCAUUGCAGACUAUGUCAAGUACUACCUGGAUCUACACAGCAUCGAGCUCGGCGAGAGGCCAAGCGUGCACUCGGCAGCAAGUGUCUUCCAACAACUGUGCUACGGCAACCGCGAGAACUUGAUGGCAGGCAUUAUCGUUGCUGGCUGGGACCGAAAACUCGGCGGUCAAGUCUACACAAUCCCGCUCGGUGGCAUGUGCCUUCGCCAGCCAUUCAGCAUUGGCGGCAGUGGUAGCACAUACAUUUUCGGUCACGUCGACGCGACUUUCAAGCUUGGCAUGACCCAGGCCGAGUGCGAGGACUUUGUCAAGGGCGCACUUGCGCUCGCCAUGGCACGCGACGGCUCAUCUGGCGGCGUCGUCCGUAUUGCAACGAUUACCGAGAGCGGCGUCGAGCGCAAAACCUUUGUUGGCGACCAAAUCCCCAAGUUCUGGGAGGGCUAAAAGACGAGCAAAGACAAAACAGAAAAAAAGCAAGUCCCCCUAUGACACUCCAUGUUCUCCCGUGUCAUUACAGCUUCCCCGUUCUCCUCCCUUCGUUGACGUUUGUGUUGUGCAGAGUUUGUGUUUUUAAUAAAUCCAAAAAAUUACCC